AUGAGUUUCAAAGUGUCAUCAUUAAACAUGGAAUUUGAUCAGCAAAGUAUUAGCAGUACAGGGAGUCGCCAUACAUUCGAGCGUCCGGGAUCUGAUAUCAAGCUGGCUGGAUAUUUGAAAAAAUUAAAGACGAUGAAGAAGAAAUACUUCGUCUUACGCUCCACGAGCUCCAGCGGGCCUGCCCGUUUAGAAUACUACGACUCGGAGAAGAAGUUCAAAGCAGGCCAACCACCCAAGCGCCCCAUUCACCUGCACACCUGCUUCAACAUCAACAAGAAAGCAGACGGUCGGCACGGCAAGUACGGGAUAGCACUGUACACCAGCGAGGAAUGCUUCACCGUUCUUGCAGACUCCGAGAAGCAGCAGGAGGCUUGGCUGAGUGUCAUUUUGGAGUUUCAGAACGAGUACCUGCCGGAUGGUGAUAUGCAUAAGGAGCAUUAUGAGCAUGUCUGGCAGGUGGUUCUACAGCCUCGAGGCCUGGGCCAAGGGCGAGGAUCCAAAGGCAAGUAUCGGUUGUGUCUCAACAGUUCCACAGUUUCUCUGGUGAAGACGAACUCAAGCCAGCCGCAGUUUACUAUACAGUUGGUGACCAUUCGAUCUGUGGCCCAUCACGAGAAUUCCUUCCGCCUGGAAGUUGGAAACUAUGCCCCCACUGGAGCAGGGGAGUUCUGGUUUACUGUGGAGGAUGCAACCAUAGCUAAAGAGAUGCAUGAGACCCUCUUACAGUACAUGAAUGCCACAGUAAGGGAUCCCAGUAUGAGCAGAGAUCAGCGGACAAGAAGAAGUGAGGUCCAUUCUCAGCCGGUGACUUACUUUCCACCCACCUCGCUGGAGACGCAUUCUCCUGGCAGUCCCAACUUUCACAUUGACUACCCAGGGUCACAUCGCUUGAGGUCAGAUUCAAGAGCGUCUCGAGCCAGCAAGACAAGCUUCCAUGAAGAUUUCAGUCCCGGGUUUGCUCAAAGUUACACUGGAGAGCACCCAGGGGUGGUGAUGAGAGAGCACUUCAAUGUGGUUCCCCCGGAUAUGUCUCCACCGCCUUCUCCAGGAUGUCUGGAUGAUGAAAUGAAUGCGUAUUUGGCGAUGGACAUGGAUAAGAACCAGCAGAGAUCCAGCGUGUCAUCUAUCACUUCACAGAAUACAAACUCACUCUCGUAUUUCUCAAUGGAAGCUCAUGCAACACCUCAUUCAG